AUGGUGAGAACAAAAGUAACCAUUAGUGUGGAAGAUAGAAAGAAGCGGAGAAAUGAAAGACGAAGGGAAGCACGCCGAAAAUGGAAGGAAGCACGCAAAAAUUGGGAGGAAGCACGGCAAAAUUGGAUGGAAGCUGAACCCACAAAGCACAAAGAUGUUGUGGAAGAGAGUAUAGAACAUAGGAAGAAUCGGAGAAAUGAACAACGGAGGGAGGCAUACCGAAGAUGGAAGGAAGCCGACCCGACCAAUCACCAAGAGGUUCUGGAAAAGAGAAGAAUUGAAAGGAAAGAAGAGGCCCAAGAAAUCGCAGCCAGCCUUCUGCACCACAUGUAUUGCAGCAACUUCAAUUUGACACCGGAGGAACUGAAGAGUGCUCUUCAUGACUUUUCUUCUGAAGCGGAACCAAAUAAGGGACAAGGUUUUCUGAAGAAAGAAGAUCGAGAAGCCCAAUAUUUCAUGGACAGACUGCAGAACCCAAUGAAGGCUGUUCUGAUGUUCUACCUGAACUCAGGAUAUUUUCGAUUUGAGCAGUACAGAGACUACACUCAGGCAGAUGAUGGAUCACCAAUUGAUCUCGAUGUAGUAUCAGGGGACAUACAGGCAGAAAGACAGUCAAUGGAAGAACUGGACAACAUGGUGGAGUCCUUCUUCAAAUGUCACUCAUAUACACAUUUCGCAGUGGCUGCAUGCGGUUCAUGUGGGGUGAAGAAAAUAGAGGAGCCAACAGCAGAAGAUACUGGAGUGGGAGAAUUCGUGGUCUGUAACUUGGACCUUCCUGAAAUGUCAAUUCUCCAGUAUAGUACAGAAGAGAAACAAAAGUUGCAGAAGCAGAUGGCAGAUCCGAAAAGCCGUGUCACUGUGCCAGUGAACGAAAGGUGGGAUGUGGAGACUUUGGAGGUUUGGAAAACUCGAUCGUUUUAUGAAGAGACGAGGCCGGAUGGGAAUGUUGUAUUUUGGCAUCUUCACGGGGAGCUUGUGAGGGAUCUUGGAACUGGAAAGAAAAGCACAAAGCUAUGUCCUCGAUGUUGGAAGGCAAUCAAAAGUGGGAAAACCCCGCGAUUGUCUAUUGCGGCAGGAAUUGACUUUGGGCUCUCGAGUCGCCUGAACCUUGAAGCCCCUAACUUGCAUGAGCAGCUCAUCCUUGCAAGAACAAGGUUGUUUUUUGCAAUGGUGAAAGUAUCGUCGAAUAUGUACGGACAAGUGAAUGCCAAUACAGCUCUGAAGCGUCGAUGCCAUGCUGUACUGUUUCCACACGACGCCCCAGACGGAGCGGCCUACAUGUUUGAGUCGAAGUUGUUCGAAACUGGCGGAAUGCUGAACAAGGCAGAACUGCACAAGUUGCUGCAUAUGUAUAUGGUAGAUCCGAAUGGGCGGCCAGAUUCAAUUGCAAGAGAAGUGUAUGAAACAGUGAAUUUGUUAGCACGUCCAUAUGUCAUUGCACAGUGGCUCAUUGUAUUGAAGUAUACUCACUGCCAGUACAGUGACCUUGACGUGUCUUCACUGCAAGACACGGUUGAUGCAGUAAUUUUGGAGUUGAAUGAGGGAAUAAUGAAGGGUGCGGUUCCAAUUGUUGGAGGGCAGGCUGUAGCCCAUGAACAGAAUCUGGGAUCCGAUGUAGCACAGUGCACCACACAAGAGGUGUUUGAUGCAGGAGAAUCAUCGAAACGGGAACAGAAUGGAACAGAGGCGGCAACAGUCCGUGGUCGCUCGAAUGACAUUCAAUUUUCUUUUGUAGCCAGAGACCCCGUAUCAUUCUUCGCACAAGAUAGAGAUGACAUCCGACUGAAGCCUUUGGAGAGGCUCCUGAAUCUGGGGAAUUGUCCCAAAAAUACAGACCCCAGAGGAGGUACAGCAGAAGAGGAAGGAGCAGUUGAUGAUGGACUGAGUUUUCAUGGGGAAGACGUCGAUGAAUAUCUGCUGCGCUUUCCUCCAGCAAUGGAAAACACAACCCGCCGGUCAGAUGACAUCUUGUCAGACUUUGCCACAGAUGAUGUUGGAAUUAGCACAAGCUUUCCACAUAUUUUCAUGCUAGGAGUAGCGUACAAAAAAGCUCCAGGGCGACUGUCUCAUGAUGAAAGGAACCAUUUGCUGAAUCAGUUUCACAAUAUGCCCAGCAGAGACAGGAGGCUGCAAGGAUAUCUGUUCGAUUUAAUGAUGAAAAGCAAAGUUUUCGAUGGAGUAAAAGGACAUGUCAACAAUAGCAGACGUGCAAUUGACACUGUACGGAAACUGCUUCAUGACAAGAAAGACAGAAGCGACUUGAAAUCAGCAAUCCAAUUUCCUUAUACGAAGAGGGCGAAAGAGAUUCUGAAUAAGUACUUACCCCAUUUCAAGUUUGCCAGCAAAAAUAUUUCGUACGGUGCCUUGGAAGGUUCGGGGCUGAAGUUGAGAAUGGUCGGUUGCAGCAACAGAUACAUUGCCCCAACCUGUUUUCUGACACUGAGUCCAGAGUGCCUUGGAAACCCAAGAGCAAUCAGAUUGGCGUAUGGAAUGAGAAACAAUUAUGAAUUCCCGGCGCAGUUUGAGAGUGGAUGCAAGUUUGGAAGGAAUGGGGAAGAGUUUCUGAACUCUUUCUUGGAAGAUUCCAGCAUUCUUUCUGAAGGCACAAUCACUUUACCUCGUGCUGUACGAAGCGAGCUUGCGACGGAGAAUCCAGUAGCUUCGGUUCAAGAGCAUAGAGCCCUGCUGUAUCACAUUUUGAAUAUAUUGUUGAAGCUGCCAAUUGAGCAUGAAGGGUAUUAUGGCUCCAUGGAAGGCUUAUCUAAGAGAAGAACGCGGUACUAUAAGCAGCGCAAAGGUAUCUUUGGGUACUCCUUGGGGGCUUGUGGGGUAACAGAAGCCCAUCAAAAGGGCACUCUGCACUGGCACAUAACACUGUUUGCUGGUCUGUCUCCAUAUGUGCUGCAAAGAUUUGCACAUAUGCAGAAGAUUUGUGAUGAAAUCAGCGUGGCACUGGAUGAUAUGUACCAAUCACAUCUCCCUGCUCGGAUACACAUUGGAGGGAUAACUCAAAGAGUCCUGUCAAGGAAGGGUGCAACAGGCGAAUGGAAUAUUCCUGAUAAGGUGAUUCAAUCGUUGAAGGGGAAGGAAGUCAUUGCUGCAAGGAAGCAUCCAGUAGACUCAUUGAAGCAACCAUUCUACGGAUGCAUUGAAGGGGGGAACUUCACAGAAAGCUUCAGUGGCGAGGUGGAUGGGAAAAGUAUGACUUCAUUAUCGGAGCCCACAGGUGUUUGGUCAUCUGCAGGGUCAACAAUGAGUAGCUUGAAAGAUUGCAAGACAAAACCUGAGGCCAGAGUCGGAGUAGUGUUACAGGCACACAUGCCACAUGCUGACGGGUUGAAUGCAUUGAAUGUGAAUGAACAGAAAUUCAUGGGUGCUGUCCGUGAUAACAAAAGUGGAUUUGCAGAAGAAGCAGAAUCUCACUUGAUAUCAUUAAAUGCCGUGAAGAAGAGUGAAACUGAUUCUCAAGCAAUGCAGCAGCAGUUCCAUUCACACCAGAAGACAUGCCGGAGCGGUACAAUGGGGAAAACUGGUUGUCGAUUGUGUAUGCCAGUGGCAAAUGCAGAGUCAACCCUGCCUGUGAAGCUUGUACCAAUGAAGGAAGGAGCUAGUGUUGAGAAAAUAAACAAUGCAGCAACAGAGGAAGCAAAUGAGAACAAGACGUUACAAAAAGGAAGAUCAAAUGAACCCAUGAGAUGUUGGGAGGCGGUCUUACCUGACGACGUUUUCGGGGAUGAAGGAACGCCUCGUCAUCACUUGAAAGACCUUCUGUCCAACAAGCUUGAUGACCAUGUAAUUGUUUGGGAAACAAGGAGACCAGUGUUGUCAUCUCACCAUUUUGAAAUCAACCCGAAUAGCACAGAAAAUCCAAGGGGGCAUAUAGUGGCUGCAUUCCGCUGUGUUCUGGGAGAUGUUGAAAGUUUUGGAGGCCCGGCAGAAGACUUCUGGCAGUGGAUGGAAAAUGAAGCAAAGCUCGACCAGCUGAUGGAUCUGUAUCUUCAAGUCCAGAAAGAUUUGCCAGCUGCAAAUGGAUUUGUGGCAUCCUUUAGUCCAAUUCUCUCACUGUGCACAGGAUCCCAUAACAAUGCCUCUCUUUUGGGUAGCUUGGGGCAGGCACACAGUGCAAUGUUUUACCUGAUUCCAUACCAAGGCAAGACAAAAUUUACUUUGAUGCAAUCGCUUGUACUGCUUGACAAAGCUCUCGAUCACAUUACCACGCCAGGAAAAGAGAGUAUUGCACCAGAUUCAGGGACACAGGCGCGGACAGCAAAACACCUUCUGACGCGGGUUUUAAAUCGGAUUCAUUUGCACCAAGAGUUGUCGGAGUAUCAAAUUGCCGCGGCAUUACUGGAUCUUCCAAGCAUGAUAAUGACAGAUACUUUUGCCUUCGGGAGUCCCAAUUCUCUCUCCGCUUUGCGGACGCACAUGCAGCUGGAUCAGAAUGAACAGAAUCGUUUUGAUGCGCUCUGCGAUAUGAUUGCCGCCGAGAACAUGAUGAAGAACUCCCACAAUAAGCAACAUGGAGCACGUGCUGGUUGUGGUAAUAAAAAAGUGAAGGAAGUGCAACAGGAGGGCAGUGAUGAUUCGGUAGCGACAGAAGACAACAGUGGCACAUGUGGUAUGGUGAAGGAUCCAUAUGACCCGGAUGAUGUAGUCUCAUCAAUGGGCUAUAUUCAACGGAUAAAGUUGAAGGAAGGGGACUUGAGGACGUUAGAUCCGGAAUACAUUGAAUUCAUGCCUGCCUCAGCUUUGUACUUGUAUAGGGGUGAAGAAUUGGCAGAACUCAAUUAUUAUGAGUAUCUUGCUUGUGUUCAGUUUUGGAACAAGAAGCCUCGAAAUGACCCCUCGGCAAGAACUUUCAAACAGCAGCAGCAGUUCGCAAUGGACCCUAAUUUCGUGGCGUCACCAGUGAGCUAUCAUGUGCUGCGAUUGAAGCAAUGUGUGCCACUUCUUACAAGCACGGCACCACCUCAUCCUGGUAAUGCACCACCAGACUAUGGUGAAUCUGAAGGGACACCUGCAGACAUUCUCUGGGAAUCGAAGGCAAAUGUAUAUGCCAAGUAUUUUCUCUCUCUGUUUAGACCAGAGAGAAUGCAGGACAGUCACUUGGGAUACACUUGGAAAGAUCUGAAGGAAUACAUCACCUCACUUCAAGAAGACAGUUCAAUCAUUAGUAAGUUCAGGCUGAUGUCAAUGGACAAUCAAAUGAAAAGAAUGCGAACCAAAACCAUUGUCAAGAAAAUGACAUCCCAAUAUCGUAGCCGUGCAAGAGACUUGUGGCCGCCAGAAGAAGAAACGGCUGGUUGGGGAAGCAGGCAAUCUCUUGAGUCAAAGUUUGUGCACACAGAUAUUGAACCUUGUGACGGCUUUGAGUUGCUGUCCGCAAAAACCAACACUGGCAUGCGGCACCAGUUAAACCAUGAUGCCCUUCAAACGCGCCAUUGCAUGGAGUAUUUUGGAGGUGGUGCCGCAAUGAAGACGAAUCGAACAUCUGGAAAUCACAGAACGAUACUAUCAAAGUGGCAUGAGGACGAGCUGGGCCUUGUAUAUAGCAAUAUGAUCGAGUGGACAGACGGGACUUACCUGGAAGCAAGAAGGAAGAGAUCUUUGAUAGGAGAGUCAGAUGCUGUUGUGAAUGCACCAAAUAAGAGACAAAGGCAGGAAUGUAUCAAGACCAUUCGGAAAAGGGUCGCACCAAUUGCAGCAGGAAAACCAUCUGAGCAGGAGAUUCUUUACGAUUGCUUUUCCAAAUCGCUCUUGGGCAAAUCAAAACCAGGCGAGGCAUUUCCACAGCUUGUGUUGAUCCAUGGAGCACCCGGUACUGGAAAGUCUCACCUUCGAAAUGCGCUCUUGGAUGCAUCAGAAGCGUGCGAUCGAUAUAACGACAAGACUGCCUUCAAUUCCAUCAAUGCGGUUGAUAUGGGUGGGACGACCACAUGUGCCGAUACGGGAUUCAAUCCCCAGAUUCAUCUGAGAAAGGUAGGAACUUUCCCUGAUGUGGUUUUGAAUACAGCUAGGAGGAAACUGGGAGGAAGAGAAGCCAGCACAGCAAUAGUGCACAUUGAAGAAGUAGGCACACAGGCGCCAGCACACCUUGCGCGAAAAGAUGCCCAAUGUCAAUUGUUGACAGGAUGCAAUAGAUCUUUUGGUGGUCUCCACACAUGCUUGUACGGGGAUCUGAACCAACUCGGACCAGUAAAAGCCGGCCCAACUUUGACACAAGCAGUGAUGGAUGUCUAUGCAUGUGAUGAAAUCAAAAAAAGAGUUCCAAGACAAAAGAAAAGGAACCAGGAGAAAGCAACCAUUAUGCCAAGCGAAGAUCCAGGUCAGAAUCGAUACAAUCACAACCAUCCAUACAGCAUUGGAACAAGACUGCUUACUCAAGCAAGACUUUUUGAACUCACAGAGCAAAAACGAUCACUUGAUCCUGAUCACUCACGGCUUGUCAACAAAAUGUACCGUGGACAUUCCGUGACACAGACAGAUAUAAAGAACCAUCUGAAGCUACUGACACCUGACCUGAAACAUGAUCCGGAAUGGAUGAGAGCUUCAAUUCUAGUAACAACAAACCGGGAAAGGCACUCAUUGAACCAUGUGCGGGCGGAGCAAUUUGCUGAAAGUACCAAUGGUGUAGUCAUAAGGUGGCUGAAUGAUUGGCACAACUGGGAACAGAAACCCCCUCCUGCGUUUCAGCAUGAAGCCAUGCAGGAUCCAUGUUUCUGGGAGUACUUUGUUGAAAAUGCAGAUGGUUUCUUGAAUGAAUCCAUUCAGAGGGGCCUAAUGCUUGUGAAUGCACUCCCCAUAAGGUAUCACUCAAUCAAAUUCGAUGCCGAGAAUGAGACACUUCUGCGCCGUAUGUUGGACCACAGUGAACCUGGAGAGGUCAUCGAUAUGCCCGCCAGGCCGCUGUAUAUUAUAGUGGAGGUAUUUCCACCGGGCCAAACUCCGAAAGCUGUGUUGGAUGUUCGAUUCAUCUCCAACUAUUAUCAGGGGCGGGUCACUUUUCCAGCAGUCCAGGGCGACUUUCAAGAGAUGGUUCCCACUGGAACUUGCAUUUGCGAUUACAGUGCACAAAUCGCAAGGUCGAACUCUUCGGCGCAUCAUAAUUGCCUUGUCCUACUGCAAGGCUGGGAAUUGCAACUUCACAUUUCAACAGUUGUUUGUAGCGCUCUCACGUGUAUGGGAUGGUGA